AAUUCAUAUUUUUUUUUUACGGCACAUAACCUAAACGUUUGUUAUUUAGUUCCCAUCUUGCGACCAGUGCACUGAUAUUUUCUCUUCCGCAUUCAUAACAAAAUAAGCAACAUGACUGAUAAAGUGAAAUUGUCAACAAAAGUUUAUGACUCAGCUCUGACUACAGCUGUGAAUGUACUUCAAUAUAUUGAUGCUGACUGUCAAAAUGAAAUGAUGAACAAUCUUCGUUCACAAAUAGCACGCUAUGCUCAAAUUCAGGAAAAAUUCAAAAGUCUCAAGCAGAUUACUUCAGAGUUUGUACAGGAGUCAAAGAGAAUUGAUCAGCAUGCUACUAAUGAAGACAUGGAAGAUGAAGAUAAUGAAGAAGAAGGACAAGUGAGAACGACUGCAGUUGAGACAGAAAAUCUUUACAAAAGAUAUGGUGAAGAAGUGGAAAGAAUUCAAGUCGAUACAUCAAAUAAUAACCACUUGAGACAGUUUACUCAUCAGAUGGAUCAAUUGAUCGCAUCUUUGGCUGGAGAACAGGCUACUUCAGAGAACAAUGACGAUGAUAUGGUGAUGACAAGUUCCAUAAACGUUAUCUGUCCAAUAUCUAAACAGAGGAUGAUUGAACCAGUGAAGAACGAUAUUUGUGGACACGUUUAUGACAAGGCAAGCGUCAGUGAAAUGAUCAAGAGCAAUCCUAAAUCAAGAUGCCCAUUGAUGGGAUGCAGUAAUAUAGAAUUUCUCAGAAUGAAUCAUUUGAACCCCGAUAUCGUGACUCGACUUUACCUAGAGAGGAACCCAUGAAGAUACAAAUACUUUCCGAAAAAAACUCUCCAAAUAGGCUAAUGACAUAAUUUUUAGGCAUAUGACGAGAAAAAUAAAAAAAAAACAAAUGACAGGUCAUUGACGUCAGUCAAAGUCAUUUAGCCGUCUUGUUCUUCAGCAUUAACAUCAUUUCUAUUUUUAUAUCCUAUCGUUCAACCCUUCAAGGUGACUAGCCCUCAUUGCAGCUAUUUAUAGCUCAAUUCAAAUAAUUAUAAGAAUCCAACUGUGACUUGCAUUGAGAAAUAAAUUAAUUUUCAUUUGUCAAA